UAUGGAAACAGAGAGGGCUGCAACAAUCAAAGACCUCGAAAAUAUGACUGAUGAUGAAAAAGAAAUUUGGAAGCAAAAUCUUCUUAAGGAAAUUCAACAGACAAAGAAAAGAUCUGAGAAAAUUCUCAAUGACAGAAAAGAAUUUCAAGAAGGAAUUAAUGCAACUUUGAGUCGAUGCAAAGAUGUCUCUGAUCAAUAUGAUAAUUUUCAAAUUAAGUACCACGAAAUACUAGACUCUUUCAAGGAGAAACUAAUCAUUCAACUACAAAAGCAGAGCUGUAUGGCCAGCCAGAGCUCUUGAGGGCUUGAAAAGAUUGAAGAAGAGACUGAGGCUAAUACAGAGGAUAUAGAAUCAGAGGUAGAUCGAGAAAUGUUCACUGUACGGUCUGAUGAAAUCUAAAUUUCUCCUUUAG